GAAACGCGUUCACCUCUGGACAUUCUGCGGGGCACGAUUUUUAAAAUGGCAACAGACAUAUACAUUUGAUAGGGUAGUUGAUCCGAGGGAAAAUUAACUCGAUUGAAACGAAACGAUCACAGCAUAAUGACCGAUUGACGAGAUGCACACGGUAUUAACGGGGUAGCAUAGGGGUCGGUCGUGUUACCAGUUGAUAUCUCGAUAUCCUAAACUAGCUGGGGGUGUGAUAUCACUUUACGUUCGAUUUGUUAAGCGGUCGUUUGCUUUUCGCGCGAAAUAUACGUGCUGUGUGGGAAAUUACCGAAUCCCGAUGACACGCCCCUGACCAAUGGUCCCCCAGGAUAAAGGCAGGAGAGAAGGAAAGUGCAUCUCAUCUUAAAGGACAGAAGGAAAAAAUAAUAUGGGAAAAGGCGACAAGAGGGGCAUCGCACAGCGCAGCGAUGCGAGUACGAAUCUCAUGGGUAAAUUUACACAAAGUGUUCGGAGGAUCGUUCAAGAUGUGAAAGACGAAGGAACUUCAAGUGGACAAACAAAGGAAGAAGUGAUCGAAACAAACGAAAGAUUAAGAAUCGUAAGGAUACGUCUGGACGGAAGUUAUGAAAUCGCCAAACGUGCACUUGUUGAGCUGAUGUGUAAAUACACUGACAGCAAACAAGUUCGCAACGUGUUUCAACGUUACAAUCUUUUAAAACUUAUGAUAAAGGACGUGAUUAAAUUGGAGACUCAAUACUGGACGUUGGUAGAUAUACCAAAGCAGGAGAAACAGGAGACGGUACCUGCCUUUGUCCUACGCGCGUGUUCCAUCAUGGAGAAGACACACAAGAGCGGGGAGGGCGUUAAAACCUCUGCCAGACUGGCAGAGGAGGCUGAGACGAAAAGGGAACGCAUCGAGAGACUUGAAAGUAUGACGACAGCCCAAAUUGAAGCAGAAAACACGCAAAUGACUAACGAUCUGUAUAGACUGCUGAAGAAAUACACAGGACUAAGGAAUCUGAUUCGAGACUUAAAGGAGGAGUACAACAGCUCAAAGGUGUAUCCAAUUUUCCCUCGUUACCCGAUACUGAAGGACAUGAUCAAGGAUAUAAUGCACAAUCCAGACUACAUGGAGGUUUGUCACGAGGUGGACCAAGCAUAGCGGCCAGACCCCCUCCACCGUUCGCCACGCAUGACCUUGUAAAUUUUCUCAAUUUGCAAAAGGUCUUUUGCGCGGUCGUUGGUGAAGGGGGUGGAAACGAUGGGAAACGAACCCGAGCCAAGGUGUUCGUGGAUUUUGUAAAUUUAUUUCACUGAAAAAAAAACCACAUAUCCACGUUAAUCGUGCGCUGGUUGACGUCAUUUGUCCUGUGUCGCCUGAUUCGAUUUAAACCAGCGCAAAUUUACGAGAAACCAUUUGUUGCCCGCCACUUCUAACUCUGUUCGUUGAUUAAUGAACGCAUUCAGAGAAUGAAAUUUGAUAUCGAGGAAAGAUAAGAGGAAGAGAGAGAAUUUUAUUGGAAAAUUAUAAUUAAGGCUCUUUUAGAAAGAUCAUUUAGAAACCCUUCGGAUGUUGGAAUUGAACUGGUGGUACAGUCGGUGAGAUAUCUGCUACUUGAUGACUAUAUUCCAAACUUAUUUACCGGAGGAAGCAAACGUGAAAUAAUUUGAAACUUAAAUUGAAAAGUUUACAAGUUUGACGAACUUGUUAGGAAUACCAGUUCAAAACCUGUUUCGAAAUAAAUUUAUGGAAACCACCAUUGCAUGAUUCAGGAAGCUAACCUAACUCCAAUAAUAAAAUACAUAAUAUUUAUAGAAGAUUCGCUACUUAACUAUAUUAAUUUUUGCAACAAAUUCUGUUUUUUUUUGAUUUUUGUAAAAUUAAUCCAAAAAUUGAAAUACGUACGAAAAUUUCUUAUGGCAUAAAGAAUUUUUUUUUUUUUUUUUUUUUAAUUAAUGAACAGGUAUUAAUAACACCAAGUGGCAGAUGUAAAAACAAUUCCAACAUAAUAGAAGUCGUUAGUUUCUGAUUUCGAUCGGAAUAGCCGCUUGCACGUUGAAACACAAAAUACAAAAUACACCAUGACGUUCCAUGGGAACGCUGCAUAAGGUGUAGAAUUUUUAUUAAUCCAGCUGAAAUCGCUCGUUACAGAGAGAAAGCUGAGAAAAUGUUAGAUUUGUAAGAUGUGUCCGCAUGUAUGCGUGUGUGUAUGUACGUGUGGAUUAACAAGAGGAUUAAAUGUGAAAAUAAAAAAAAAAACGUAAUAAUCUGCUUCCUGCUAAUGAGCAUGUGAAUUUAUAACGUUUCAUCGAAGGAGACCUCUCUUUACCUACGAACAGGACAAACAGGAGCAAUCUAGGACAUUGAAGUUUUUAUUCGACACUGGAGACAACACUUUUUACGAAUCUAAGGAAUUUGUGCUUCGACCAUGGUGCAGACUAUUAAAUAUAAAAUUGUUAACUUAUUAAUAAUCGAUGUCGUAAAUAUUGUACAGUAUGGAGCAUUGUAUUUUUUUCUAAAUUAAUCUUGGUAUUAAUAUUCCCAAAAUUAGGAUUUUGAAACUUAUGUUUUCAUUCAGUUAUUCAUAUUUUAUUUUAAUUUUAAGUAUUUUCAUAUCUAGGGAAGUUUAUUCCUAAUGUGUGGUAACUUUUGAGUAUUAUGGCGAGUGGUGGCGCUUCCUUCGCCUACAUCGCUAUUUCCCUAGGGACGACUAUGCUCGGUACUGUACAUCAAACUGAUAUUAAAGCAGUAAUUAAUGUCACUACCCUUUUUAUUUAUAAUUUCUACUAUUUUUCUCUUAAAUGAAGCUAUGAAAAUUCGAAAUAAUUUUUUACAUAGAAUAUUCCGUAUUAUUAAUAAUUAUUCAACAAUAAAUUUAAUUCUGGUAUGGUUCUAGAUGCUUCCUCUUUUUAACUAACAGAAAUAGAAGAUAAUAGACAUAACAUUGAUAGCACUAUCAAUAUUUUUUUCUCAAUGAUUUUAAUUAUGUCAUGAUAUUAAGAGAGUUAAACUCGAUAUAAGCUAAAUUAUUGAAGCAGUUGAGGAUUAAAAAAGAAUAAUAAUAAUUCUCUCUGACAUAGGAAGCAGCACACUGAUAAUAUCAGAAACGAGCUUCUUUUAUGUCUGUCAGAAGACUUUCCAGUACAUAUACAUUCAGCUUAUCCACGUGUUAAAAUAAUAUUAUCUACUUUGUAUGUUAAAAUAAUGAUAGCCACAAAUCGCAUAUAACAUUGCUGCGUAUUGAAAUGAAAAAAAAAAAAAUGAAAUGCAAAGUAUAUGAGCGUUACUUUGAUACACAAAACAUAUCGUCAUUGUCGUAUUUGUAUACAUAAUAUAAAUGUAAAAACAUCAACAUAAACAAAUACACGUGCAUACGUACAUAUUUACUUACGUGACUGAAUCAUCAUUUACUUUGUUCAAGUAUGAUAUUUUGUAAAUAAUUGAAAAAUUGCAUAAACGUUCAGAUUAAACAUAUAGGUACGUAUGCUAGAUACAUCACAUUUUUUAUUAACAUGUUACAAGGCAUGAUUAUUUUGAAAUUAAUAAUGAAGCACGUUCGCUGAUUAUUCAUAUCGAAUAAUUCGUGCUAAUUGAGGUAAUUUUAUAAUUCGGUCAGAUAAUUGAAUUGUUACAAGAAUUUCCGAGCUCAUCAAUAAUUGUUUUACGUUUUGAAUAUUAUGGCCCUCUGUUAGAGGCUGUGGGAGGUGGUAAAUAAAUAUGUGGUGUGUAGGAGUAAAUUACGGAUUAAUUAAUUAUGCUUGACUGAUAAAAUAAAACAAAUUUACGUAACUGAAAUUGGCAAAUUGGCAAAAUAUGAAACGAAAGAAUAAAAAAUAAUAUUCGAUAUGAUUAGAAAUUCCAGCAAACGUGCUAUUUAAUCACCUGCGACAUCAACGUAAUUUUCAUUGAAAAUACACUCUUUGCAUUUGAUCUGAAGAGUGCAAAUUACAGUGGAGAAAAGAUUUCUAAAAGUGUCUCACAUAGGCUAACGUUUGAUACACGUAGCGAACGAUCAAUUGUUCGUAUAGCAUUUCAAAAACCAAGUAUUUUCUCGCGGGGAAUACAUAUUUAUUUUACUACACACGCUAUUGUGAUAUUGAUUUUUCAUUUCAGUCGAAAACACUGAACAGCCUUUGAGAAUCUAUCGCGCGUUCUAUCGUUUAAGAACUAGUGGUAAAUAAUACAUAAGUAAUGUGUAAGAAAAAAAAAAAAAAAAAAUAUGGCUGACAGCUCGAAAUCAAAAUGCAACAUAUAAUGCGCGACCCACAUUGAAACGACCACCAGAUGAUCCACUGUUAAUUACAGUGAAUCCUUUUCAAUGUGCGACGAUGCCUAGUGACCCACGCUCUGUUCCCAUGUAUGUAUCAAACAAGACACAAAUCAAAACACAGAUGCACUUAAUAGAACCUCACUGACAUGCAGUCCACAAAAAUGCUGGGUACAGGCAUGUACAACAAGCUAAAAGUAAUAAGUUAAGUUAUCGAACCGGGUAUUGCAAAAUGACUUGGAAAACAUCCCUUAUGGAUUUUGCAAAUAGAAAAGCAUUAUUUUUGCAAGUAUUAUUAUUAUAAUAUAAGAUAUACUUUCCUUGAUGAUAUUGGAAUUUUUAAAUUUUGAUUUUGAUGGAAUGCAUUUAUGGAGAGGAUGAGAACUAGUCACAUCAAAAUAAAAAAUGUUUACAUUUAAAAAUCAAAUAAAUAUUUUUCGACAAGUAUUCAUUUCUAUCUGAUUAAAAAUGAAAAAGAACGAAUGCAUGAUUAUAAUAGAAUAUUUUUCUGUCUGCAUCCAGCAAAUCAAACAUGAAAACACAUACUGACUGUUUAGAAUAGCGCUUUCGUCGUAGACAUUUGUAUCUAACUCUAUAAAGUGUGCAUGUAAGGUAAAGGUACAAUAUUUAAAUAAAUACGACACAAAUGACUACACUACAGCUUAACAAUUGUUUAUUUUCUGAAUGGAUCAAAUUCGUCUAAAUCAAACGCUUUAAAAUCAAAAUGUGUUACAAAACAUUCAAUGAUCAAAAUUCUGUCAAAAAAUCGCGGUAUUUGUAAAACAUUUAUACGUUCAUACAAAGACCAAAAUCAAUUUCAAAAAUUAUUCAUUUUUGUUCCAAGAUUGACUGGUCAAAUUCUAUUUACAAUAACUGUAUAAACAAAUAUAUCGAAACGACAGUUGAUAUUUUUUAUGCAAACAAAUCCCUUCUUAGACCAAUUAUCGUGUAAUGUAAGGAAAAAAAAAAUUUGAAGUUAAGUAGCGUAAAAAAAAAAAAGCAACACGUACAUUUGUGUAGAAAAAAAAAAAAGAGUACGGUUCUACUCGAUGCAAUGUCUUGGAAUUAAUGAAUAUAGCAAGUGUGCUCGCCUUUUCGAUGAAACUAGGAGGGUGCCAAAUAGAUUUUGAAAGUUUAUACGUGUGUGUACAUGUGUGUGAAUAAUAUCGUCACGCAGACGCAUACAUCUGCGAAUGUUUCUGUAAAAUUUUUAUAUAGAGUGUCGUAUGUUAUACUAUUAAUAUAGUAUCUGUUUCGCUGGAAUGAUCGCCAAUUGUUAAAUGUACAGUUGCGUGCAACUGUCGUAUCCAACCUAAUACAACACGCACACCAUAGUGCUAACCAAACGAAUUUUAUCACAUUUUGUGCUGCUUCUUCUGAACCCGUAAACAAAAAUUUGAUAACACAAUAUGAACAUACAUUUACAAUGUCAAUUAAAAGAAUUCAAACACACUGAUCAACUUCCUUUUCCUUUCAUAAUAAUUUUAAUUUAUAAUUGACAGUAUAUUCACGCAACUAACAUUGUUUAAAUCGAAAUUGGUGAUCACUCUAGACAAAUAAAAAAUUUAUCGUCUAAGCAUAAUUACAAUGAACGUAUACAGAUGUCCGAUACGAGAGAUCUACCUAAUGUGUUUAAAGAGUAUAUAGAUGAAAUAACCGUGUUAAUGUUUUUUCUAGAAAUAACUGAAUGGUGCUUUGGUUUCUCAUGAAAUGUCAUUUAAAGAAGAUUCUUAAAAUCAUUAACAGUAUAGAAGAAAAAAGGCACUUUUGUAUUUAUUCUACUUUCAUGAACUCCCUUUGAGGCAUAUAUGAAAAAAAAAAAAAGAUUAAUUGAUUUAAAAAUUUUGUAAAUGUUUUUUAUUUGUAUUUUAUCAUGAAUUUAUACUGAAAAAAAAAAUCGGCACAGUGAAGUGAUAUCGAAGAUCAAUUAUGAAAUCAAAGGACCAUUAUGCAUAAAUAUACAAUAAUCGGUCGGCAAAGAAAAGAAAAGGUAAAAAAAUAUUUACAGCUUUCGUAUCGCGAUCUUAAUAACUGUGUUUACGAAUCCACCAAUGAAAAUUCGACCAAUCUAUGUGUCUAUAACUAAUGAUUGUACGCAUGUCUCGUCUACAUACGUGUCUAAACGACCUUCUUCUAAAUCAUUAAUCGCUUUAUACAUAUGAUAAGCUUUGGAUGCAUAUUGAUAAGUUAUAUAGACGUAAAUUUUUAUGAAAAAAAAAAAAAAAGUAUAUUUU